AUACGCACCCAUAAACACACACAUGCAGGCAAACAUAAGGAGGGAGCAGCCGGUGGGGAGGGAAAGAGAGCAAGACCAGUAGGACAGAUGAACACUGAUUGUACUAAGCCUCCUACGCUAUGGGCACUAAAAGAGUUAGUGAAAGUUUGAAGUAGGUUAGGGACUUUCAGAAACAAAAGCCUUUUCAGAUUAGUUUUCAGCAACUGGUGCUUCAGGAAAGGGUGGAAUGCUGGAUGCUGUGAUGAAAAACAAGCUCAUCUUGUCUUGGUAUGUUAGAUGUGAAGGGGCAGGGCUAGGGUGAUGGCUCAUUAUGUGCUUUGCUGGGGAGGUGGGGCCUUGGAGGAUAAUUGCAUGUAUGCCCCCCACCCUGCCAUAUACCGAGAGAGGCCAUCACGGCCUGUGUCCGAGUCUGAUCCAGAUGUGGCUGAACAAUUGGCUCUGGACAGUACUGAAACUCUAGCCAAUGGCAAUAAAUCUGACCUCCAGGCUGCUAAACGGCUGGCCAAACGCUUGUACAGUCUCGAUGGAUUUAAGAAGUCAGAUGUGGCACGACACCUGAGCAAGACCAAUGAUUUCAGUCGCAUGGUUGCAGAGGAGUAUCUGAGUUAUUUUAAACUUUCAGGGAUGAGAGUGGAUCAGGCACUGAGAGUAUUUUUGAGAGAGUUUGCCCUAAUGGGCGAGACACAGGAGAGGGAGAGAGUACUGUCCCAUUUCUCUAGAAGAUACCUCCAGUGCAACCCAAACACAAUACGAAAUGAAGACAGUGUUCACACAUUGACUUGUGCUGUGAUGCUGCUCAACACUGAUCUGCAUGGUCAUAAUAUUGGAAAGAGGAUGUCCUGCACACAGUUCAUUAAUAACCUGGAGGGGUUGAAUGAUGGACAAGACUUCCACAAAGAUCUUCUCAAGGCUCUUUACAACUCUAUCAAAAAUGAAAAACUUCAGUGGACAAUCGAUGAGGAGGAACUGCGGAAAUCUUUCUCUGAGCUGGAUGGCAGGAAAGACUCUGCGUCGCACACCAUGAAGCGGAUCAGCAGUGGAGGAAACCCCCUCGUCAGUGUCCCUCAGCAGUCCAGCGCUCAGGUCUACAAUAACGGCUUUCUCGUGCGCAAAGUUCAUGCUGAUCCUGAUGGCAAGAAAACUCCACGAGGUAAAAGAGGGUGGAAGACAUUCUAUGUCAUCCUAAAAGGACUGAUUCUCUACCUGCAAAAGGAUGAAUAUCAUCCAGAUAAGCAGCUGUCUGAUGAGGACUUGAAGAACGCAGUAUCAAUCCAUCAUUCUUUAGCUAUGCGGGCAGCAGACUACAGCAAGCGGCCCAACGUGUUUUACCUUCGUACUGCAGACUGGAGAGUCUUUCUCUUUCAGGCCCCCAAUGCAGAGCAAAUGCAGUCCUGGAUCACCCGCAUCAACACUGUGGCCGCCAUGUUCUCUGCCCCUCCCUUCCCAGCAGCCAUUGGCUCCCAAAAGAAGUUUAGCCGUCCUCUUCUCUCAGGCUCAAGCACCAAGCUCUCACAGGAGGAACAGCUUAAGUCUCAUGAGACACGGUUUCGAGCCAUUUCUGCUGAGCUCCAGGACCUGCGCUCUUCUACCCAAGACCGCAGGACCAAAAGCAAGGACCAGGAAGAGUACAAGCAAAGAGAAGAGUAUCUGGACUUUGAGAAAACGCGCUAUGGAACAUAUGCAAUGCUUCUGAGAGCUAAAAUCCGAACAGGGGAAACAGACCUGGCGGCGUUUGAGUCCCGUUUGUUUGACGACGGCGGCCUACAGAGGGCUCAUUCCAGCCCCACGCUACCGGAGGACCACAGCCAUGCCAGCAGCACCAAAGAGUCUAUCAGGAGCAGCAGCAGUGCUGCCCACAGCAGCAGCAGCAGCAAGAGAAGCAAGCGCUCAGACUCGCAGAGACACAGCUACAGACAUGCUGUCAAACAGUGAGAUGUCCUUGAUGCAAGGGGACAGUGUGUCCCAUCAGGUAUUACUUAUCUCGAUUCAGGGGCUGAAUAAAGAGUGUUACCAGGACACCCGGCGUUUACUUGGAUGACUCCUGUCAAGUCAUCAUGUAUUAAAAAACUGUGCUCGUUUGGGGUUGCUAGAAUCUGGGAGAAAUUACCACAAUGGCUUUCCCCAACAUGACCGCUGUGUCGAAGAACUGGUAAAGCAUGCUUUUCUGGCCAGUAACCGCAAGCCCAAAUCGGCAAGUGGGCAGAUGAGAAGGAGCACCAGCCUCACAUUGUCGUAUUUCUGUCAGUAUUUGUUUUUGGCACAGACCGGUUUGGUUCAUCUUUGUGCAUUUUGCUUGUUUAAAGUCUGUUAAAAUCGUAAUACUUGUCAUGGCAUUUUGUUUGUUGCUUUGUUUAUUUCUGGUGGCCCCUGGGAACAAUAACCAAAAGAGUAAAUCUCUGACAUCUGAACAUAUAUUGUUCACCUUGUGUAUUUAAAGCAUUGUAGAUUUUGCUUUUUAAACUAUCAUUUAAUUAUUGGAGGCUGAUCCAGGCAAGCAGCUUUAACAUCUCAAUGGAAGUUUGAGAAUCUAGUCUGUAUAGUCCUUUAAACGUUCUUAAAGCACGUCUCAAAGCAUGCCUAAGAUGUUUGAAGACAAUCAGUUUCUUGCUUGGUACAAUAACUGAGAAUAUGAAUGUUUUUAUAUAUGUAUACCAUGAUGACUAGUGAUUAUGACACUGCAGAUGUUAUAAUUUCAACAAGAAAUAUGUCCAAAUGAAUUUGCUCAGUGCACAAUAACAAAAUGAUCAAAUUUCAUUAAAAAUAUUAAUUCAAUUUAGGGCUGCAACUACUGAUUAUUUUGAUAAUCGAUUAAUCUUUGUUUAUUUCUUAGAUUAAUUGGAUAAAUCAAAAAAUGUCAUGUAUUUUAUUGAAAGUUUUUUUUAAGAAACAGAAAUGAUAAAGGCCAUAACGCUUUGGUUUGGUUUACUGUACUGAAUGAUUCUAUACUCUCACAGAACUUUGAACAAAGCCUAUUAAUAUUAUUAUUAUUAUUACUUUCAGGACAUAUGCAGUUCCUUUCCUUUACUUGUCAAACUUAAAAAGUACUUAUUAUUCAUCAUGGUGGGACAAAAAAAUCAGCCCAGCAGAGGGAAAUGGUGACACCACAAUAGAUAUAUUAAUAAUUCUGCCCAGCUGAAAAAUACAUAAUUAUAUUAGAUACAUAUGCUUGUACACUGUCACUGAUUACAUGCAUUUACAAGUAUGUUUAAUUAAUAUUGUAAGCUUUAGAACCAUAUUGACACUGAUUACAUGUUUCUUAAAUAUUCUUUUCAAAAAUAUAUUUUUUAAGGAUAGUGCGUGCUUAUCAAUAAAAUAAUAUUUGCCAUAGUAUACGUUUACUGGUGAAAUCAGACAUUGCAUUUGGCAUUAUGAGGAAGACUAUCAAAUAUCAGGACCCUUAGCAUUAUUCUACAUUAUAUUCAGCAUUAUAUACAGUUCAACAUGGUACAAUCAUCUAUAAACGCAGUGCAGAUUCACUGUCACGCUGAUAAGCUUCAUACCGGUGCUCAAUGUAUUACAUGCGCUCACAUGAUGACAAACAUAUUUAAAACACUUCAAAAACCAGCACACAUGACCAAGACAUCCAUGAAAGCUGCACGAUUGAUUACACUGAAACUACACGUAUGAUGUUCCACAAGUUUAAUCAAAGUGAUUGCGCUCCCUUUCAAACAAACAGUUUUGAUCUAAAUAUACCUGGAAAUAUGCGCCUGAUUUUGAACUCAUAACAUGCAUACAUUAUAAAAUGUAGAAAAUAGCAGUGAAAUGUAAUCGAUGCUCUUGAGAGAAACAACACGCCCUGUUUCAACGUUAAACUGUUAAAAUACAUUAAACUGUAUUUUUAUUUAUUGGUUUAUUUCUAUAGGGCCAGUGCAAAAACAUGAUUUGAGCACACACAAAAAAGAUGCAGUACAGUACAUAGAGAUUAUAGCACAUGAUAAUUUGCAUCUAAGGUCCCUAGAUAUGCUUUUUUUCAUAAAUCAAGCAAUAUAAACUAAUCCUAUUAAAAAUAAUAAUAAUAAAUGGCUGAAUAAAUACUAAGGUUGCUCCCAAGCCUGGUGACAUAUGGUAUAAAAGAUUAUACCUAAAAAUUAAAUGAGAAUUUAAAAUGAGUAAAGCUCUGGUUUCCUUUAAACCAAUGCUUAACCAAUAUUCUGAAAGAUUGUGUGUCUGUUAUUGAUUGAUUUCAGAUGGUAGCAGAGUUGUUCCAGAAUUAGGAACCCUUCACAGAAAAGGCCCUUUGCCCCUGAGUUGUUCUGCGAUAGUCGACCCUACAGUUACUUUUCGCUCUACUCCUUGUUGUACUACCAUCCUGUCUAUUUAGCAAUUUACCUAAAACAUGUGGGGCUUUAUUGUGGAAACAUUUAUAUACCAAUACUAUGUAAGACAAAUUUAUAAAAAUUUUAAAACUAAUAAUAUUUUUUUUUUCUAAUAUUGCAAUGAUGCACAUGAUUUGGUUUAUUGUCCAUGAUUUUUAAAGCCUGAUUGUAAAAUGACAUUAUACGGUUUACUGUGGAUUCAUUUGUUUGAGUCCAAACUGUAAUGCAGUAUGAAAUAUGAGACAAAAUAAUUGCAUGCAUAAAGAGCUGAGCCGCCUGCUUUGAAAUACACUGUCUAAUAUAUUUGAAACAAUGUAAGUUAAUCUUUAUCAUUUUUGAAAGCUUCUUUAUGUGUCUAUCAAAUGUGAGUUGAGAAUCUAAAAUAAUACCUAAGAAAUUCACCUUUUCUAUUUCUUUAUUUUGUAUCUUUUUUGUUUGUUUUUGUAAUUAACAUGAUUUAUUUAUUGAAGAAAAAACACAACAGAGAAAAACAACACAUACACACCGAAUCAACAUUUAACUUUUAACCCUCACUAAUAUCCCUCCCCAAACACCAACCCACCCUAACCCCAACGAACACCCCCGUGGUCACAUAAAAUAAUACACACACAAACAAACAAAAAAUAUAUAUAAAUAAUAAAUAAAUAAAAUAUAUAAUAAACAUACAUAAUUAAACUAAAAUCCUCAAGAGUCCCCCAAACCCCUGCCUUCUACCUGCCAUCUCCUCAAAAGCUGCCACCCUCCCCAUCUCCGCACACCACUCCGGAAAUGGUGGCGCUCCGUCCGACUUCCAACCCCUUAAAAUAAUUUGUCUGCCAAUCAUAUUGCUAGUCAGAACCCAAUUUUUUAUAUAUGUGUCCCCCAAAUUUAUGACUGCCCCAUCCCCAAAAUAAAAUGUUUACAUGAACUUACAAACUUUUAGUGCCCAAAACGUCACACAAAUAAAACUCUGACUGGCAACGCCAGCAGGUGGGUGUGUCUUUAAGACCAAGCCUAUACAAUCUAGAGGGGGUCCAAUAAAAUCUAUGUAAAAUCUUAAAUUGCAUCAGACGCACCAUUGCAUCUCUAGAUGCUGACCUGACAUUUUUUAGAAUCCACACUCCCUCCUCCAAUACUAAAUUAAAAUUUUUCUCCCAUAAUCGCUUGAUGGAAGUUAAAGCUCCGUCCCCCAGACUCUGAAUUAGCAGGGAGUAAUACACCGAUGCCUCAUGACCUUUAUUUUGUAUCUUAAUUUUCAUUGUUUCUUUUUGUGGUCUAUUAGAGAAACACAUAGAAACUGUUUAUCUGACGUUUGAAGUGAGGUGAUUAUUUUGGAGCCACUGAGAUAUCCUCUCUAAAUUGCCAUGUAAUAUCUCAGCUGCCUUUGCUGGUGUUUUAGUUGAUGUAUAAAAACAUUGUCAUCAGCUUAAAGGUGAAACAAUAUCUGAGCAGCAACUUUGCCCAUCAUUUAUAAAUAAACUAAAAAGCAAUGGACCUAAAAUUGAACCUUGGGGUAUUCCUAGUUUAUUGUUAUUCAAAAGAUAAUUUUUCCUGCUCAAUAAUCACACAUGCCUCUCUUUUUUGUAGGGAAGAGGCAAACUACGCAGAUGUUUGAUUACUAAAAUUAAAAGAAAUUAAUUUAGACAAUAGAAUAUCAUGGUUAACAGUGUUGAAUGUUUUUUUUUUUACAGGUGAAUAAAAACUGCUCCCACAACAUGCCCCUGAUCUAAAGAAUGACUUAUAUUUUCCCAAAAAAAAAACACUUUGCAGUUUCCGUAGAGUACUGGGGCCUAAAAUCAAACUGCCGUGGGUGAAGGAAAUCAUUACUCUCUAAGUGAUGUAUUAAUUGUUCUGCCACUACCUUCUCUAAGACCUUAGACAUGACAGGUAAAAUCAGAUAAGAUAAUAUAGUUUUUUUUUUCUUUGUUCUCAAUUUUCUGGGAAUUUGCUUUCCCUUAUUGAGAAGUUUAUUAAUUGAGAUAAUGGAGCUGUCAAUAAGGAGCUAUAUUUCUUAAUAAAAUUACUAUCCAAGUAUGCUCAUGAUCUUUGAAGUAUUUAUAAAGUGCUCUUGAGCGCAGGACAUCUUGGGUCAUGUUUUUUUCCAAUAAAAUUUGUCUCAGUCGUUUUCAUAACAAAACACAUUUUCACUGAGCUGUAAAGUGACGUUGCUAACGGAGCUUGUCGUAUAAAUCCAACUAAUUGAUAAUGAAAUUUGUUGUUGAUGAUCUUCAUGAUCAAUAAUCAUCAAUAAGUUGUUGCAGCCCUAAUUCAAUUUGACAUCAUCGUAUUAUUUGGUGUAAUGUGUGAGAAUCUUGUAUAAAAUAUGCAUGGAGCUUGAGAAGGACAUGAUGCAAACCUCGUCAAAAUCCUUUGAACAUGCAAGUCAUUUAAUUCUCAGGCACUCAUUUUGGGGGCUCACACUCAGAGGGGGCACUAAAAAUGUGUUUGUUCUGUAUAAACACAUACAGUAUAAUACCUCAAUUGCAUUGAGAGACUAUUUCACAGGAAUGUCAUUUGGUCAAAUACUAGUAAUUGUUUACAAACUGAUGAGCAAAUGCUACUUUCUUAUGAUCCAAUGGAUUCCUAUAAAGUAUUGCUUUGUAGAAAACUGAAGGUAAGCUUUAAUUCUGCUUAUCAUCACCUCAUUAAUUGUCCUAUUGAUUAUCAGAACACGAAGCAUCCAAGAAAUUGUAAAACUUGUAUUGUAAAACAACACACCAAUGCAAAUCCAGGUCAUGAAGAUUUAAAUCGACUGUUACCACUACCAGCAUAAAGAUCAAAUUCAGACACAGAAAAGAAAAUGCACAAAUCAGAUUAUUAUACAUGGGACCCAAAUUCCAUUAAUGGCACUUCAAAAGUGUUAUGCUUCUUUGCACUAUGGAUAAUAGGUGUAUUUAAUGAUAAGAGUUAUUUUGAACAUGUAUUAUUUGUCUUUCAUAUUUAUGACUUAAAGGUUUAUAAGUUUUUAUAGGGAACACUCAACCACUCCAAGUAGUUUGGUGUCACCCAAAGAUUAUACUGUAACUUAUUUCUAUAUCUUUUUUUGUUUGGUGUUGUCCAUUUUAGCCGUACAUUCUGUGAAUAUUAUUUUUCAACUGCUCGGUAAGAAUUAUGCUGUAAUGUUUGUGUUUUACAGGCAUAGACAAAAUAAAUCUUUUUCGAAAGGACAACUUUUUCAAA